AUGGCUCGAUUCGAGCUCUCAACUCGUCUAAGUGGAAGAUGGCUGGUGAGCGUGGUCACGGUUGCAAAUGCUUGUUCGAUGGCAUGGUUUGGUUAUGAUCAGGGGGUAUUUUCUGGGGUGUUAAUCUCGGCAGACUUCAAGAAACAUUUCCCCGAGACCAACGAUGCCGACAUCUCCGGCAUCACUUCCAGCUGCUUCUCCCUCGGGGCGUUCUUUGGGGCUAUAUUUGCCUUUACUCUUGGGGAUAAGCUUGGUCGGAAACGGGCCGUGGGUCUCGGCGUCGUUUGCAAUGUCGUUGGUGCGGUGCUGCAAGUUGUGGCAUGGCAUCUGCCGCAGAUGAUCAUAGGGCGUAUUAUCAAUGGCUUCGGGAUGGGCUUGACUUCGUCGACCUGCCCUGUCUACCAGGCUGAGUGCUCCAAGCCGAAUAUUCGUGGCAAGCUGGUGGUGGUAGGCUCGUUGUGCAACACGGCGGCCUUCUGUCUGGCAAACUGGAUGAACUAUGGCCUAUACUUCCAAGGCAAAGCAUUACAAUGGCGCUUUCCUCUCGGAUUUCAGCUCAUAUUCCCCAUUUUCGUGGUAAUUGCGCUGUUAUUGAUUCCCGAGUCUCCGCGAUGGCUCGUGUUGCAGGACCGGCCCAACGAGGCGCUCCAAGUCCUAGCUCGUCUAGAGGGCAAGGGUAAAGAUAUACACCAUCCCGACGUCACUGCACAAUUUCUAUCCAUCCAGUCGACGCUACAGAUAGAGCGUAAGGACCGGGUGCCGAUUAAGGAUGUGUUGCUGUGCCGUGACAAAACGCAGAAUCUCCGCCGACUGCUGCUGUCCUGUGGCACACAGUUCAUGCAGCAAUUCAGCGGCGUCAACGCCCUCGGAUACUACCUGCCUACGCUUCUGCAACAGAGCGUGGGUUUGGGCGAACAGGAGAGUCGCUUGAUGACUGCGAUCAAUGGUACUAUUUAUCUCUUUGCAGCAUUCUGCUGUCUACUAAUCAUCGACCGUUUCGGUCGCCGGAAGAUGAUGCUCUACGGCUCCUUAACCAUGGGCGCAUGCUAUCUCAUCGCAGCUAUCUGUCUUAAAGUUGCCGAAGACGACCCCUCACGCAAGAGUCUCCUGGGACGCGUCACCACGGCCAUGUUCUUCCUCUACUACUUCUUCUACGGCACUAGUUUCGCCAAAGUACCCUGGGUCUACAACUCAGAGAUCAACUCGCUGGGCUGGCGAACCCGCGGCGCUGCAGCCGCCACGGCAACCAACUGGAUGGGCGGAUUCAUCGUGACUCAAUUCACAAAAGUAGGAGUGGAUAAUAUCAAAUGGCGGUUCUAUCUAAUUUUGUAUCCAGAAACCUCGCGACGCACACUGGAAGACAUGGAUGAGAUCUUCAUCCGAAAUAAGUCGUUAAUCGUGUGCGGGAAGAGUUCAUUGACACAGCGCGAGCGACCUCAUGAGUUUGUCGAUGCAGAGAUGCAUCGUAUUAAGACGAUGGAUGCGGUUGUGGUGGGUGAUGAGGUUAAAGAUGGGCGGGCUCUAUAUCAUGAGGGUUUGAAGGUUUAA